AUGAGAAAUAGACAAGAGAAAUAUGGAAAUAGGGGUGACCUUCAGAAAAUUAGUGGAGAAUUGCUGACCAUGAACCCUGAAAUGCUUAAUUAUUCUUUGGGGGCAUUCAUAACUGAAGUACGCAAAGAAAAUGGGGAAGAAUAUCGUGGUAACACCUUGUAUGAAAUUAUAAUAGCUAUACAACAUCAUCUACGAGAGAAUUCAAGGUACGUUACUCUUAUGGACGAUAUUGAAUUUGAAAGAAUGAGAAAAAUGCUAGACAAAAAAAUGAAGGAUCUGGCCUCAUCUGGAGUCGGAAUAGAGAGAAAACAAUCAGAGGUUAUAUCAGUGGCAAAUGAGAAUUACAUGUGGGAAAAGUGUAUACUUGGAACAGACACACCCGAAAAACUGAGAGACACUUUACUCUUUUUGCUUGGACUUAACUUUGCUCUUCGUGGAGGUGCCGAACAUUACAAUCUACGAUAUGGAGAAAAUUCACAGCUGAAACUAAGCAAAGAAAAAGAAUCUGGGCGGGAAUUCUUAGCAUAUACCGAGGAUAUCUCGAAAUGUAAUUCUGGUGGAAUAAACCAUAGGAAACUGAGAAGAAAGCAGACAAAGGCAUAUGAAAACUUGGAGAGACCAGACAGAUGUGUUGUUUCUGUAUUCAAGAAAUACAUUUCUUUAAGGCCAAAAACUGGAAAAGUCAACGCUUUGUAUUUACGCGCAAGGGCCAAGCCGUCAAACGAUGAGUGGUAUUGUGAUGUCCGAGUGGGAAUCAACACCUUGUCAAAGGUAGUGAAAAAUCUGUGUGCAAAAGCUGGUUUAGAUGGGCACUUCACAAACCACUCACUAAGAGCAACAGCUGCAACGAGGAUGUAUUCAGCAGAACUCCCUGAGCAACUCAUAUGCGAGAAGACCGGCCAUCGUUCCGAUGCUGUUCGGGAGUACAAGCGCACAAAUACUGUUCAACAGCAGGAAGCUAGUGAUGUUGUUCAACUUGGUUCAAAGAGGAAAUGUGAAAAUAUCCCUCACGGUGAUAUGUGUGAUUCUAAAUCAAUCAAAAUUAAGAAAGGAGAUAUUUCUGUGGAAAUUCCUUUAUAGUUUGAUGGAUAUCUAUAGUGUAUAUUGCUGGUUACAUUAUUGGAUUUACAAAAAUUGGAUUUAUAACUAUUAUUAUUUUGUGCUGUAGAAAUACAAUUUUCAACUCAACCUUCUCUUUUUA